AUGGGAGUUUUCACAUUCGUUUGCAGAAGCAAAGGCGGAGAAUGGACAGCUAAGCAACACGAGGGAGAGCUAGAAGCCUCCGCUUCUUCCAUCUACGAUCUUCAGCGGAAGCUUGUUCAGACUGCUCUCUCCUCUGAUUCAUCCGGUGGUGUUCAGUCUUCCUUCUCUCUCGUCUGCCCUAAAUCCGCCGUCUGCCAGGUAAUCAUUGGUGGUGGUUCUGGAGGAGGAUUUGCGGCCGGAGGAGGUGCAGCAGCUGGAGGAGCCGGUGGUGGAGGUGAUGCCGCCGCAGCUGCUAAGGAGGAAGAGAAGAAGAAGGAAGAAUCUGAAGAGGAGGAAGGAGACUUUGGAUUUGAUCUCUUUGGUUAAGACAAAGAGAACAAACGUUAAAACACUCUUUUGAAGCAGUGUUAGUUUUCGAUCUCAGAGUUUGUUAUUUGGUUUUUCCUUUUUUUUGAACCUUUUGAGUUUUGAGUAGGGGUGGGCGCAAGGCGAGUACUUGCUAUUUUGCAUGUACUUGCGACUUGACUUGCCUUGUAUGAAUAAUAAAAUUUUUGACUUGUACUUGACUUGUUUAAAACGAGUACUUGCUAUUUCGAGUAUUUGAUGAAAAAUAAAUGAUUUGCAAAUUACUUGCCUUGCUCCAUUACUUACU